UGGAGCGAGGGACGCUUCGGGUCGACUUCGGCUGUCUUCGGAUGCCGUUGGGUAUAGUGCGUUCGCGCUCUAGAAAUUCGUUCACAAAGGUUUCAAUGAUUUAACGCACCGCUGCUUGACCGAUAGGCUCCACAGUGCAGGUGCAGGGUGUCUCGGUACCGCACCUAUCGCCUCUGGUGGCGAACUUGAAGGCCCCACGAAUGAAUGAAUGACGCCGCUUGGUUUUCCAGGAAGCUUAUUCAAAUGAGAUGCGCCCUUCGCGUAUCACGCGGGCUUUCCCCGGUCGAUCUGUUGCCCGGGAAUAAGAUUUUCACUUGUUUGUUGUGUGCAAACUGAACUGAGUGCUAGUGACCAGCUGAAUAUCACCAUGCCUUACGAACCACCCGUCGAUGAAAACGACUUGAAUGCCACAAAUAAAAACAUUAUUGAACUGAAGAAGAAAAUUCAGUUAUCAGAGGGUCAGAGGAAAGCACAUUAUGAAGAAUGUGAAUCUGAAAAAAAGCGGAAUGCAGAAAAAAUUCGACAGUUGAAGAAAGAAGUGAAGGAGCUGCGCAUAAAACUAAGUCAACCACCCACAUGUGAUGGCAAUGUCCUUAAAAAGUAUUGUCAGAAUCCCAAGGAAACCUGUGCCUUACGGGAGAAAAAAAAUGAAGAUGCAGUGGAAAUUAUGGAUUUAAAAGUAAUAGAUUUGAAGAAAAAGUUAGAUCUCCUACGCUUUAGAUCAAAACAGCAUCAAGAAAAGAUGAAAUCACUUGCUGAUGAAUACAAGAAGCUUUUGACAAAGAAACAACAAUCCCGCCUAAUCAAAAAUAAAUCUGAGGCUCAAAAGGAAAGGAAUACACUGGAAAAUCACAUUCACAGAAUUGAAAUGAAUAUGAUGGAAGCUGAUCAUGUAAAACGGAAAUAUUUGAGCAUCAGGGCAAGUCUGCUGGAUGACAGUGUAGAAUUUGAAAGCAGUUUAAGAAAUAUGGAGGAUGUGAUUGUGAAACAGGAUCAAGAAAUCAAACAUCUGGAGGAUAUAAAUAAUGAAGCACUUGCGCUGCGAGAUUCAACAAAAUCUAUGCUUUUGAGACAAGAAGCGUCUGCAAUGAGUAUAAGUAAGGCAAGAGAAAGGCAGCUCCAGGAGUUCAAGAUGAGAGUAGAGGAACGUAAAUCAGCGUUGGAGCAACUGGAAAGACGCAUAUUUCCAACUGGGCGACCAGUUAUGCAGCGUGAAGAUUCUCAGGGAACCCCUGAUUCUGGUCAAGUUGCAGAUGAUGAUUGUGCACGUAAAACAACAUUCUAUGAGAAUGCUUUCUUAAAACUGAAGGAAGCCACAGGGGUGACAGAAACAGAAGAGGUGCUUCAGCGAUUUCUUGGGCAAAAGGAAACAAAGUCUCGACUCACUUACUUGAGAAAAGUUACUGAGGAUGAGAAAAGAAAAUUAGAAAAGCGCAAAGAAGUAAUGAUGGCUCAGCUAGAAGCCUUCAAAUUUGCUGAAGUUAAGGAUAAAGAAGUGAAUGUGGAAGAAAUGGAGCAUGUGAAACUCAGCAUAAAGAAUAAGAAGACUGAAAUACUUAAACUUGAGGAAAACAUAAAAUCAGUGUCAGAGCAACUUUGUAACAUAAAAGAUAUUUUGCACCGAAUUUCCAAGAAAAUAGAGGCUAUUGAUGAUGUCAAAGUUCCUGAAGCAACUGAAGACCUCCAAGAAGUGGAAAUAUUCCUCAAGAUUCUGGAGUCAAAAAUUCAAAACGCCCUAUCUCGAAUUAACUUGGUGGCGCAGCUACUUGAUCAAACAAAUGAAAAUUCCCUUCAAGACUUGACUGACAUCCAAGACAACACACUAAGUGUAGUUUCCUCUCAGAUGCACACUCACCGCACAGCUGCUUUGAUAUCUGCAGUAGAACCUACAGCUCAGGAAGGUCCAUGCCCCGAAGAGUUAUGGCAAUUCUCGUCAAAACCAGGAGCUGCAGCCGGUGCAAUGGGAGGUGCUACUGCAUCCACUCGGAAGGAUGUUUCAGCAGCAGCAGGCACACCAGCAAUACCAGAGACUGAUGAGGAGGAGGAAUGUCCAACUCGCAGCUUUUUAAAGAGGCAAGCACAACUAAUAGUUGAUGCCAAAUCCCGCAGGAAGGCCUUCAGAGGAGUGGCCCUAAUAAAAAGCAGAAAGUAG